UCACAUGUAUCUGUGUUAACACAAUGUGUGUGCAGUGGUUGAGAGUAGUGCAGUUACACUGUGCUGUAUACUUGUAACAAUACGUCAAAAGAAGAAUUGUGAUUUAUCAUUAGAGGCUAGAGGUUGUUAUAAAUGUAUAAAUACCCGGUUGCAUUCGAACUAUAACUACUAAUCAAAUUUCAAAGCUCGUCCGUCAAAAUCAGUCUAAAUAUGACUUUGUAAACUCAACUUAUUUCAUUGUUGUCUAUCUUGUCACCCAUUGGCUAUUGUUGUCAGUUGUAAAUGUAGAUAUUGUAUUCUAUUUAUAGAAUUGUUUCCAAUAUGUUGAUAAUGAAAUUACUGGUACUGUGUACUUAAAACCAAAUAUUUGAGGGCGGAAAAAACUAAACACAAAAAAAUACUUUACGGCUUGUUUGGUUCAAGUAUAUUGAAUCCAACCUAAAAUAUACUAUUUGGCAUUCUCCUCGUUUUUUUAUAAAGUGAAAUCUCUCGCAAAAAGCGCGUAAAAACAUCUGGUCCAAAGACUACUUUCUUUUUAACGUCACUAAAAAUCAACACAACUCAACCGCGUCUUUGAUCGCAUCGCCCCAAAAGUGUCCGUGUCGCUUUGCUGUCAAAGCGCAGUCCUGUGACCCCGGAUUCAACCCAAACACACAUGCAAACUAGUAUCAUACAGGGGGGGGCAUUAAAAAAAAGCGUGAGAAACCCGGCGAGAUGAAAGAAGAGAUAACUGCUGUCCUCUGUACCUGUGGGAGGAGUGUGCGCACCUGCGGACACGAUCACAGCGUCUGCCGGGCUUUUUUUUCCCGGGGCAUCUGCACAUCGCAGCUUUUCGCAGUGCACACACCGGACACCAUGGACGCACAGCUCAACCCCCCCGCCGGCCAGGGGCUGCGGCUCCUGGACACCGUCGCCUCCUCCUCCUCCUCCUCCUCCGAUCCUCCCCCGUCGGAAGCCGAAGGUGAGGAGGAGAACAGCCGACAGGGGAAGCCGCCGUACUCCUACGUGGCUCUCAUCGCCAUGGCCAUCAAGGACAGCCGCGACAAGCGACAGACGCUCAGCGGGAUAUACGACUACAUCGUCUCCAAGUUCCCCUACUACGAGAAGAACAAGAAGGGCUGGCAGAACAGCAUCAGGCACAACUUGUCCCUCAACGAGUGCUUCGUCAAAAUGCCCCGGGAUUGCGCGGGGGACCGGAAGGGCAACUAUUGGACGCUGGACCCCGCUUUCGAGGACAUGUUCGACAAGGGGAACUACCGGCGGCGGAGGCGGGUGAGGAGACCCUACGGACCGCCGUGCGUGCCGUGUCCGCCCGGGAACCCGGUGGACUACCCGGAGCCGCUCUACCUGCAGCCCUACGUCAGCGGCUCGUGGGGUCUGUCGCAGCCGUCCGGAUACCCGACGCCCCACGUCAUCCCCGGGCAUCCACGCAGCGCGUCCCCGGGCGGCCCCAUGACCCCGUACUGCUCGCCCGCCCACUUCCAACACCCUCCGUACGGCGCGUACCACCGCCACCCGGCCGUGCUGGUGCCGCACAACGCGUGUCCCUACGGCGCGGAGCGUCCGCCGGGGAGCCCCGGCGGAGGCACCGCGCCAGUGGCGUGUAACUACCAGCAGGUCUCCGGCUACGCGCGGCACGCGGAGCAUUUGCGAGUUUAUUCGUAUGAUCAAUAGAGUUUUAUAGCUUUUUUUUGACAAUUGACAGCCAGUUCUCAACUGUUUCACUUGGGCUGUCACUCAUUUGCCAGAACGACAUUGAUUUGUUUUGGUGGUUUUGUUUAAGGCACAUAAAUGUGUCAAUUAACUUUGAUAAAUUGUUGGCCGCAGUUCUGAAUGUUAAAUGAUAAAUGCCAGUGACGCGAACGAUACUAAUCACAUUUUUGAUCAGGUGAAUGUCAGGAAUGCAGGUGAUUUGAGUCUGAGGCCCAGUUUAUGCCUCUUUUGUUGAGGUUUUUUUUUUAAACAAAAUCAACCUGGUUAGUUUAUAUUGUCUACAUUUAGCAUGUUCUUGCUUUUGAAGAAACAUAUUUGUAAGUAUGUUAUUUAUUUCUUUUUGUCUGGUUUUAUACAAUUCUUUGUGCUGUUAUGCAACCGUUGGGGACAUUUAGGCCCUGUGGAGGUAUGGUCACUUGAUCACCUUUGUUCAAAUAAAAUGUUUUUUGCAUCAA